AUGCCUCUUGAAGUCCAUCGCAUAACCUCUCCCACCGACUUUGACGAGUUCGUCGCCAUACAGAUUGCUGCCUUCGCCAACGGCGGGGGUAUCACAUCUCUGCUCACGCCAAAUCCUAUCACAGAGGAGUAUGUCCAAAAGUCUGUCGGCAAGCACGUCAAGUCGUGGAGCGAAGAAAAAGAUGUUAUUUACCUCAAAGUCAUUGACACCGAUCUCGAUGGGAAAAUGAUUGCAGUCGCCAAAUGGCGCAUCAACGAGCAGGAGCGAAGUGAAGAAGAAGCCAAGAAGAUGUAUCCGGUACCCGACGAGAAAGACAAAGGACAACAAGGUUUGCUGGACUUCAUGGCCUUUCUUAGUCGAGUAAGGAAAGAAUACAUGGGAACAAAGCCUUUUUACUUUUUACACAUCCUCGCAACGCACCCAGACCAUUAUCGUAGGGGUGCAGGGGCCAUGCUGCUCGAUUGGGGUACCAGGCAAGCGGAUCGCGCAAGACUACCUGCCUUCUUGGAAUCGUCACCAAUGGGCAAGCCGUUAUAUGAGAGAAUGGGAUUUCAAGCCAAGGAGGUGGUAACGUGGGAUCUGACACACUAUGGGUUAGAAGGUACAGAUUACAGCACAGUGAUGCUUCGGGAGCCCAUUUCGUAG